AUGGCGACGAUCGCUCGGCCGCUCUCCUUCUCUAUAGCCACAGCGUUCCACCGUCCACCACACGCACUCGCUAGUCCCCAUCUAUGGCGCUAUGCGUCUGCACGUCGUGGUUGCGAUUGUCUUAGCGCUUUGUUCUCGACCGACAGUCGCGAUCGAGAUGACGGGUCGAGUCAAGACGAUGAUGAUGACGUCAACACAACGAAUAAGAACCAGGACGUGGAAGUCGUCCAGACUACUGAGCUGGUUACGGUAGGGGAAGGGGAAAACGCCCCAGUGUACCCUCAUGUGCUGGCUCUACCAGCGCGUCGGCCCUUUUUUCCAGGAGUUGUCUUACCCAUGACGAUUACUAAUCCAGAGGUUACCCGUGCACUUUUGGCGCUCAAAGAGAGUGGACAGAAGUAUGUUGGCGUGUUUUUGAAGCGAUCGAGUGGAGAUCUAUUGAAAGACAGUGGAGGGGACGACCUCGUUCGACAUUUGAGUGAACUGCACCAUAUUGGGAGCUUUGCACGCAUUGACAACUUACUGCCAUUUGAUACGAACUCGGUGCAAGUGUUAAUGGUGUCCCAACGCCGGAUUGCAAUUGAUAGCAUUCGGGACGAAGGACCUCCUGUUCGAGUGAAUAUUAGUAAUUUGGACAAUCCGCCGUUCGACCCGAAGAGUAAAUUGGUUCGAGCGUACUCGAACGAGAUUGUUGCCACGUUGAGGGAGAUUGUCAAGAUGAACCCGCUGUUCAAGGACCACAUGCAGUACUUUUCGCAACGGAUUGAUAUCCAUAAUCCGUACAAGCUGGCAGACUUUGCCGCUUCGGUGACAUCGGCGGAUGGCGACGAGUUGCAGCAGGUGAUGGAUGAACUGUCAUGUGAAGCCCGGUUGAAAAAGGCGCUGGAGCUCAUCACGAAAGAAUUAGAGUUGAGUAAAGUGCAACAGACGAUCAAGGAACAGGUGGAAGAAAAAGUGUCAAAGAAUCAACGCAAUUAUUUGUUAAUGGAACAGCUGAAGGCUAUUAAGAAGGAACUUGGUAUGGAGAAGGAUGACAAGGAUGCAAUGAUCACAAAGUAUCGUGAACGUCUUGCUGAAUUCGCACCGGGUAGUAUUCCAGAUAAUGUUAAUGAAGUGGUAGAAGACGAGCUGAACAAGAUGUCAAUGUUGGAAAAGAACUCUUCAGAGUUUAAUGUCACACGCAAUUAUUUGGACUGGCUGACACAAUUGCCGUGGGGCAAGGCGACGGAAGAGAAUUUUGAUCUGACCAAGGCCAAGCAAAUCUUGGAUGAAGACCACUAUGGGCUGAAAGAUAUUAAGGAACGAAUUUUGGAGUUUAUUGCGGUAUCCAAAUUAAAAGGUGAUGUCCAGGGCAAAAUAAUUUGCUUCGUUGGUCCUCCUGGUGUGGGCAAGACGAGCAUUGGCAAGUCCAUCGCUCGAUCGCUGAACCGCGAGUUUUUCCGUUUCUCGGUUGGUGGUCUCAGUGACGUUGCUGAAAUCAAAGGUCACCGUCGUACGUACGUUGGUGCAAUGCCGGGUAAAGUCAUUCAGUGCUUGAAAUCUACUCAGAGCUCUAACCCGUUGAUCUUGAUCGAUGAGAUUGACAAGCUAGGGCGCGGCUAUCAAGGUGACCCUGCGUCAGCUUUACUAGAGCUUCUGGAUCCUUCGCAGAACAGCGGCUUUGUCGACCAUUACAUGGAUGUGCCUGUUGAUUUAUCUCGCGUUCUGUUCAUCUGUACCGCUAAUGUUACUGACACUAUUCCGGGUCCCUUGCUGGAUCGAAUGGAGGUCUUGCGUUUGUCGGGCUACGACUCGCCGGAGAAACUAGCAAUUGCUAAGGGAUACCUUGUGCCCAAGGCCCUCGAGAAAUCGGGUUUGCAGAAGUCCGAGACAAUGCCGGAGCCGCUGGGUUUGACAGACGAUGCUAUUUUGAUGCUAGUCAAGCAGUACUGUCGCGAGAAUGGUGUCCGAAAUCUAGAGAAACAUGUUGAGAAGAUUUUCCGCAAGGUUGCCCUUGAGGUUGUUAGAGACAUUGAGAGCACCAAGGCUGCUGACAUUCAAGAGGGUGGUGAACCGACUUCUGCGGCGGAGGAGCAUAGAGAAGAAGUGUCGGAAGACAAGGACCGCUUCUUGAUCACACCUGAGAAACUGUCACAAUACGUUGGCAAGCCCAUCUUCACGUCUGAUCGCAUGUUUGACAAACAGUUCCCGGGUGUUGUGAUGGGUCUUGCCUGGACAGCCAUGGGCGGAGCUUCUCUCUACAUCGAGACCACGACGGUACAUGCAAAAAGCGAGCGCUCUGGUCUGAUCACAACGGGCCAGAUGGGAUCUGUAAUGGAGGAGAGUACAAAAAUUGCACACACGUUUGCACGCAGCCAGAUGCGCGUAAUUGAGGAGGAGAACAAGUUUUUUGAAGAGAAUGAAGUGCACUUGCACGUUCCGGAGGGAGCAACACCUAAGGACGGACCGUCUGCUGGUUGUACUAUGGUGACGGCGUUACUGUCUUUAGCUAUGAACAAGACCGUGAAGCCUGAUCUUGCUAUGACAGGAGAGCUGUCGCUUGUGGGCAAAGUUUUGCCAGUGGGUGGCAUCAAGGAGAAGACUAUUGCUGCGAAGCGAUCAGGCGUAAAAACGCUCAUUUUGCCACUUGACAACAAGCGUGACUUUGACGAGCUUGAAGAGUACUUGCGGAAGGAUCUCGUUGUGCAUUUUGCCGAUUAUUACGACGACGUGUACAAGGCUGCUUUUGAGCAGUAG